GUAAGGUAGUGCCACGACGGGUGUUGGAGUUUUUUUUGUUGAAAGCAGUGACCAUUGGAGAGAGGAGAGAGGAACAAGAAAAGAGAUAAAUUUACGUUUGAGUAAGGGGCAUUUUUGUUUUUUUCCCCUCCCGAUAAGUCUCUCGGGGAGGUUUUCAGGCACAGUAGUACUCAUACAUCCAAAAGAAAAGCGCCUCGAUCCACGUACAAGUGGGUCCCGCGAAGGCACACGUGGAUGCGGUGCCUUACCGUGACUCUGUGGCUUGUCCACCCCAAUCAUCUCCCAGCACAGCAUCCAACUCCCCAGAAGCAGCUCGAAUCUCAGUGCACCAUACGACUGCAUACACAAUUGCGCAUACGCAGUCAAUUCAACUUACCAAAAUCGUUUCCAUUUUUCUUGUUUCGUCGAUCCGAUUCGGAACACUCGUCCAAUUCUCCUGAUGUCUUCGCUGCAAAUUCUCACUUACAGGGGUCCCAACCAACCGCCGGUGCUCGGCUGCAGUACUUCGACGGAGAAGCUCGGCAAAGCUUCGUUUUUCUCUUCUUUGUGGGGCAGGGAUUUGUGUUGGAGCAAUGGACGCUCAGUGGACGGGUGUGCGGAGAAGCGUCGCUUCAAUCGGAGAGUUUCUAGGGUUUUGGCAAUGUCGUCUCCUUCCGCGUUCAAGAUGAAUCUGAAUGAGUAUAUGGUGACACUCGAGAAACCACUGGGAAUUCGGUUCGCGCUUUCGGUGGACGGCAAGAUCUUUGUGCAUGCGCUCAAGAAAGGGGGCAAUGCGGAGAAGUCGAGGAUAAUAAUGGUGGGUGACAAGUUGAAGAAGGUCAGUGAUGGCUCUGUUGGAAAGCUUAUUGAGAUCAACGACUUCGGUGAUGCAGAGAAGAUAAGGAAAGAGAAAUCAGGACCUUGUAGCCUUGUCCUUGAGAGACCUUUCACCCCUUUUCCUAUUCAACAACUGCAUGUUACCAGUGAUCUUGAUAUUUUGUUUAAUAGAGGACGAGUUGCUAUAGCCACUUGGAAUAAAACUAUACUAGCAUCGAACUUGAGAGCAUCUUCUGAAGGCAGUGGAAAUUCUGGGUUUAUAAUGUUUUCAUCGAAGUUUUUAACACCUUCAGGAUGGAAGUUGAAUAAUCAGAAUGGAUAUAUUCAUCCACAAAUACAAAAAAACACACUUGUGGCACCCUUGAGCCAACUUGUAACCAUUUUCUCUGAGGAAGAGUCAGGUGAUGCUGAAUGGGCACAUGGGAGUUUCCCUUUGGAUGAAUACACUAAGGCACUGGAACGUUCGAAAGGGGAACUUUACUACAAUCACUCUCUUGGUAUGCGCUACAGUAAGAUCACAGAGCAGAUAUAUGUGGGAUCCUGUAUACAAACAGAAGCUGAUGUAGAGACUUUAUCAAAUGCCGGUUUUACAGCUGUGCUGAAUUUCCAGAGUGGAAUUGAAGCAGAAAAUUGGGGAAUUAAUUCAAAAUCAAUCAAUGAUUCAUGCCAACAGUUCAACAUCCUUAUGAUUAACUAUCCUAUAAGGGAUGCAAAUUCAUUUGAUCUCAGGAAGAAGUUACCAUUUUCUGUGGGUCUUCUUUUGCGGUUAUUGAAAAAGAACCAUUGUGUUUAUAUCACUUGCACCACUGGGUUUGAUCGGUCCCCUGCUUGUGUUAUUGCUUACCUACAUUGGAUGACAGAUACCUCCCUCCAUGUUGCCUACAAUUUUGUUACUAGUUUACAUUAUUGCAAGCCUGACAGGCCAGCAAUUGCCUGGGCGACAUGGGAUCUUAUAGCAAUGGUGGAAAAGGGCCAACAUGAGGGACCCACAACUCAUGCAGUGACUUUUGUGUGGAACGGGCAAGAAGGGGAGGAUGUAUCCUUGGUUGGAGAUUUCACAGGAAACUGGAAAGAACCAAUUAAGGCUGUUCACAAGGGUGGCCCUAGAUAUGAAGUUGAAAUUAGACUUCCACAAGGGAAGUAUUACUAUAAGUUCAUUGUUAAUGGGCAAUGGAGGCACUCUACAGCUUCACCAACAGAAAGGGAUCAGCGGGGCAACCUAAACAAUAUAAUUGCAAUUGGUGACGUUGCCAGUGUGAGGCCUUCUGUGCAACAGAUACAGAAGGAUGCAAAUAUCGUAAAGGUGAUAGAGAGGCCACUCACUGAAAAUGAGCGCUUUAUGCUGGCAAAAGCAGCUCGAUGCGUCGCAUUCUCUGUCUGUCCUAUUCGAUUAGUCCCCAAGUAGCUGGCGAUGCUACUCUUUGCUCAAUUACCCUUUCGUGUAUGGCUCACCCCGGGUUUUCAGUUUCAAGAAACUUGGGCGCGUUCUACAGGUAGACCAUUAUAAGGCAACUCUUGAUGGGAUAUGGAAUUUGGCGACUGUGACAUUGUACUUACAAGGUACAGACCUCAUGCAACGACAGAUAAAUGAUGCUUCUGAUUGAUGCAGAAAAUAUGUUAAAAGAUGAAGCUACUGAGCUCUGCUCAAGGCCUUCCCUAGGACCACCAUUCUAAGAUCAAAACAUAACUGGUACGUAACGAUCAUCAAAGGAGUCCUACUGGGCACAGAACUACUAUAGUGAGCAUACCUUUUAGUUUAGGUUUUUGAGUCCUAUUGAACUGAUAGAGAAGCUGCUGCAUCGCCAUACUUCCGGUCAAAGACACGAAUAAAGGAUGGUGAGAGCUUGCAGCUAGUGGAGCUUUUUAUUGUAAUAUCGAAUUUUAAGCAUUUUCUUUUUAUUUUAGAUCAAAUUUUAUUUUUUUGAUAAUUAUAUCCAAUUUAAUUUUAGUUUUAAUUGUAGAUCAUUAGUAUAUUAUAUUAAUUUAUGUAUUUCGAGGAUGAGAUGAUAGUUAUCACUUACUCGCAUUGGUGAUUAUUUCA